AUGGCUUCUACUAGCAAAAGAAAUUCUGCAGUGGCAACUCAAAAUGCGUUUUGCCCUGAAGCUGGAGUCUGCAAGCAUGGAUUCCUCAUCAAAUCACCACCUCUUCAACUUCUUAGCUCACAGAAUUCCUGGAAAAGACGUUUUUUCAUCCUGUUCAAAUCCAGCAAGGGCAAUUACUUCCUGAAGUAUCUAAAAGGCCAGAACAUAAAAGGCUCCAUAGCUGUUGAUGAAAUCAUAAAUAUCGAAGUUGGCAUAAGCAAGUCUGAAAUUAUGGAAAUGGUGAGGAAGAUGUUUAAAUGCCUUCCUGAACAGGUGAUGUCCAUCAGCACUGGCAACAGAUGUUACUACCUUAUUGGGAGCAGCAGGGAGGAAACAGAAGACUGGGUUACUGUCAUAUCUUCAGUCUCCAGGGACGCCGAAAGAGGUGGAUGCUGCCCCCAGAACCAAGAGCUUCCCUGCCCAGCAAUCAGAAGCCGACCCUCCUCUUUGCCACUACCCUGGAAUGCUAUAGAUCCAAUGAGUUUCCCAGAAAGACAAUGCUACCAGAAGGAGAAUGGUUCUUCCGAAGACAAGAACAGGCCUAAUUCAGACCCUGGUCCUCAUCAGGAUCACUGUGACUCACCAAGAGGAUUUUUUCCAAGCCUGCAAGGUAAAAACCUGAGAAAGAGUGAGGAGAAUCUGCUGUUGUCAGAUACAGAUGAAGACAUCACGAAAGAAGAAGAAGAUUAUUACCAAACUCCCAGCAAUAUCUUAGCAAAGUACCCUACUGAAGUAUCAAAGCCUGUCCCUACAGCUGGGUCUGAUGUCCAUCUGGUAGAGGCACCAGUGCAGGACAACCCCAUAAAGGAGGACAUUUAUAUGCCAAUGAAAUCACUUAGGUUGAUUGACAAGAGCUGCCAGCUCACAUGCAGAUAUGAUGGGCUCCCAUCUCCUCCCAAAUGUCAAGACAACAGUGUUUGUCCAAAAGACUUGGAAGCAAACAGAGACCUAAAAUUCCCAGAAAGCAGCAGCAGCCAGCAGCCAGCUCUCCAGAGGAGGCAAAAUUCAUUACCACUUUCUGUGGUUCAGUUAUCUAUACUGCUGAGUCAAGUUACAGAUGAGUCCCAGCUGCAGAAGUUGGAUAUUUUCAUCCCCCUGGCUGAUAUUAACAGUUACCUAAAGCUUACUGAAGCAGCAGGACACAUAUGUGUUUCACAGUGGACUGGUCCCCACCGACUGGGAUGUUUGUUUAACCAUGGAGACCAUAUAGUGGCUGUGAAUGAUCUGCAACCCCAGGAUGUAGAGGAGGCUUACUUAUUCAUCAGCAGGUCCACAAGAAAGGAGGUGAAACUUACUGUAUGUAGGAUUCCACAUUCUGAUAUCUUCCAUGUUAAAGGCUGUUCAAGUUCCUGA